AUGCCGCCCGCAGCUGGGCCGUCGACGCAGGCGCGCGCGACGCAGCCGCUCCCGCAGGCGACGAACGCGCUCCUCCACACUCUCGCGCCGAUACACUCUGAGCACUUCCCGCGCCUUCAGCACGCCGUGCAGCCCGACACGAGCGACAUUGCGACACAGGAGCAGAAGCAGGAUGCCGAACAGAAGAUCGCGCUGCUCAAGAGCGUGCUCGGCGGGUGGAUGCAGAGCGUCGAGGCGGAUCUCGAGGGGGGCAAGGACCCGACAGCGACCUCAGAGAAUCUGGUCGCGCUCGCCUCGACACUUCCCGGCUCCUUCUCCGGCAUCAAGGCGAAACCUCGCUUCCUCCUCUACACCUCUCGCUCGUCCCCCUUCUCGACUGCCCGAAACCCGCCUACACCAUCCCUCGUCAACGGCUCGCCCCGCAAGGACGCGCCGAAGGACGGCCCGUCACUUCAGCCUGCAGCAGGCGUCGAAGGCAUCCACCCGGAGGAAGAUCUCGCGACGUUCCUCGUCUGUCGGAGUCUGAGCGUCUCGAGUCGCCUUCAAGCAGCUCUCUUCGACCCCGCCGUCGAAAUUUCGAUUGACGAGACAGUGCGAAGGGUCGCGGAGGAAAGGGCGGCUGCAUUGCGCGAGCUGGAAUCGCUUAUGCAGGGCAUCAUCGAAGUGCUGUGCGAGAGCGCACUCAGGGUUGACUGGCGGGCUGGAGCUGCGAAGGACGAUGCCAAGAGCGGCGGAGUGGGAAAAGCGAAGGAGAUCGUCGAGGAGCUCAUCCGCCUCAUUCGAACCCUCCUCCCGAAGACCGCCGGCGACGAGCAGUCCUACCCACGCACAGUCACCCUCUUCGAAUCUUCCCGCGCGUACCAACCUACACUUCGUUCGCCUUCGAAAGCCGGCGCACCCGACGAUGCCACCCCUCAUCGACCCUCCCUCGCCGUCAAAACGCAACAUCACGCCAUCUCCCUCGUCCUCGUCGCCCAACGCAUCCUUCUCGCCGUGACCGCCUCGACCGCGUAUCUCGCAGAGUACCGCCUCUCCGUUCUCGACCUCUUGCUCUCGAGCUGGCCCGUCGUCGGCUCGCUCCGCCCAGCUGAAGACGACUCGACGACGCUCUCGCGCAAGGGCAUGGUGCGAGCGAGCGAAGAGCUGGACGUCACCGACUUGCGCAGGAGGCUCGCCGUUGAGUGGCUCGCCUGCGUUCGCACGGUGUUGCAGCGGUCGCACGAUGCGUUCACGCUUGUCGAGGUCGAGGCGACGAGCGGUCGCAUGCUUGAUGAGCUCAGCGAAGCCUUGCGACACCCUCGAGGCGCUGGCGAGGCGGGACUUUCGGCGGAACGGCUCGAGGUCUCGCUCGCUGAGGUCCUUGCCCUGAUGUGGAAGGCUAUUACGAACGUGAGGAGUGCGACAGGACAAGCCGGCGGCUUCGAUGGCCUGCAGCAGAACGUCGCGGCUUUGUUCGCAGCCGAAGGCGCGCAGCUCGUCGACGCUUAUCUCGGCAAGGAUGGGGUGUCGACGGAGAUGAAGACCGCUAUCGCGCUCAUUAUGAGUCUCGCUGUCGUCCUCGAGCCGGCCGAACCCUCCGACUCGACGUCCUCCCUCCUCGACACCCUCUCUCCUUCAGCCUUGUCCGCCCUCGAGCAGAACCUCGCACAACUGGGCCCGAAACACCUCCACGACUGCCCCGACUCGCUCGUCGCCGUCUCGCGCAUCGUCAACGUCGCUUUAGCCGCGCUCAAGGACGAGAUGGUCCACCGGAACCCGCGUCUCGACGACGUCGGUGUGGACGAGGGACCCGCUCGCAAGCGUCGCAGGCUCGGCGAUGCCGGCGCGGCGCCAGACAUUGGCAUGGACGUGGACGAUGCACCCUCCCGGAUACGGCGGCCAUCGACCGAGAUCGUAGCGAAGCUGAUGGAGGCGGCGAAGACUCGGAUCUCGACGUCUCUGGGCUCAGACUCGGCGAGGAUCUUCGAGGCUACGGGCGAAGCGGCGGAACAGACGGCCGUCCGCCUUAUCUCGUCCCUGCACGAAUCAACUCCCGGCCUCGCCUUCGAGAUGAUUCGUACGAUCGGCCUUCUGAGCUGUGCCCUGAGCGGAUGCCUCGACUUUGCCUCCUGCGGCGACAGCGCCGACACCCCUCCCGCGCCAUCAUGCGCGUGCUGCGACUCGCUCCCAGCGACCGAUGACGACUCCAACGGCCGUGUCGAACUCCGCACCUUCACGCGUGAAGCGCUUCAGGCAUUCUCCCAGAUCGCUCCCGCCAUCCUCGCUGCCGCCGCCAAGGACGACAAGUUGCGCCUCGCGGUUUUCAACGCCGCAGCUCGUUUGGUCCGACACACGCGUGUCGAGCAUGCGUCUCUUGCGGGUGAGAAGGAUAGCUUGUUCAUCGCCGUCCAGCGCGAACUCGAAGGAUCGUCUCGCAGCGGAAGAAUGGCGGCAGGUCACGUCCUCAUCGCCGUCGCUCAGGCGAGGAAGGAAUCAGACGCAGGCGACUCCCUCCUUCGCGACCUCUUCAAGCCGGUCGACAGCCUGAUCGCGCGGGAGAACCCGUCUCUUACCGAGACGGCCCUCCAGCUCGUUGGCUCUCUUGCCAGGGCCGCCGAACUGCAAGGUCUUCUCGAAUGCGAGGCUCUCGCUCGACUGCUCCGCCUGCUCGGCCACCGCAACAGCUUUAUCAAGUCGCUCGCCAAGCUUCAAAUCACGCAGGUCGCCUCGCAUCGAGGCAUCAAACCCUACGCUCUCGUCCAGCCUCAUUUCGCGACCCUCAGUCCCGCCCUCCUCUCGUCGACGACGACCCUCACGGCAGCUCUCGAGGUAUUCCACCAGUCUCGGGAGUCGCUCCUCCGCAUCACCCGCGAGCACACGAUCCCCGGCAUCAUCCUGCACGACAAGCAAGCACUCCUCCGCCAAGUCGCGGACGCUUCGCGUACCACUGUCCCUGAGAUGCUCUGCGACCCGCCAGUCGCUUCGGCUGUUCUGGCGCACCUGUACAUGCAGCCGGAUGACCAGCGCCAGCGAGGCCUGAAGGUGCUCAUGCGCGAGUGUCGGGGCGUCGUCCUGGCGAAGCUUCUCGAGUCGAUCAAUAUCCCGCUCGUGUACAAGCUUGCGCUUGAGCUCGGCGACGAGGACCAAAUGGUUGCAGCGCAGGCGGAACGCGGUCUCAAGGCCGUCGAGCGAGCGCGACUCGGUCACGCUGCCAGCGCGCACAUCGACCCCGCGCACGUACUCAAAAACGCGAUCGUCGGCAUCCUCUCGCACAUGAACCGAGGACUGCACGAAGCCGGUCACCAGCGACCGCUACGCGAGAAGCAGAAGAUUAUCCGCAGCCUCGACGCCAUCACGCGCAUGGUUGGCCGAGCCAUCGCUGGGUUCUCUCCACAGAUCAUGGCGACUUUGCAGACUGCGCUCGAGCUGCCCGGCCUUCGACUCGUGACCCUCGACGCCUUCCGAUCCUUCCUCCAAUCGCUCAAAUUCAGCGACAUUGGCGCCUUCAUCGGCCCGACGACAGCAGCAUUCGUCCGUCUUUGGCCUGAGCUGACGAAUCUCGAGCGAGCGUCGGCGGCCAAGACCAUCCACUACCUCGUCGUCGAAAAUGUCGACAGUCUUUCGCAGCACGUCAAGGACGUUGCCGACCUGAGCGGAAUCCCCGAGCUCGCGCAGGCGGAUCGGCGACUCCAAGCUGCUCGGCGCGGAUGGUCGCUCUUCGACUGGCUGCGGCAUCUCCUCGACCGCAUCGCGAGCGAAAACGACGUAGUCACGCUCCAAGCCCUGCGCGAGCUCAAGGUCGUGCUCUCGAAGAACGUCGCAUCGAUUCAGGCGCUGGCGACGGGCGACACUUUCGACCCUGCGAUUGGCCGGCUCGUCUCCGUUCUGCUGUCCGCUGCAGUCAAAGACAGUCCGGAGAACGAGUCGAUCCGGAACGUCGCCUUCGAGUGCAUCGGAAUCCUCGGCGCUGUCGACCCCGAUCGAUUCGAGCUGCCACCAGUGGAGCCGCCGCCCGUCGUCCUCGAGAACUUUGACGACCGCAGCGAAGCUAUCGACUUCGCCAUUCGCCUCAUUGAAGACCUCCUCGUCGGCGCGUACCGCAGCACGAACGACACCAAGCACCAGGAGAUGCUCGCCUACGCCAUCCAGGAGCUCUUGCGCUUCUGCGGUUUCACCGAGGACCUCAUUAUCUCGCCGCAAACAGCGGCACACGUCGACCCGCUCACGCUUCACCGGUGGCAGAAGCUCCCGAAGACGGUCAUCGAGGCGUGCGCUCCGCUGCUCAGCACGCGCUUCUCGCUCGCCAACGACCGCGCGAUGCAGCCUGCGACCUUCCCGAUCUACCUGUCGACGACCGUCUACCGCGACUGGAUCCGAGCUUUCGCCAACGAGCUGCUCAAGGGCGUUCGCGGCGAGACGGCCGGCCAAGUAUUCGGCGCCUUCUCCGGCCUCUUGCAUCUGGAAGACACGGCCGUCGCCCAGCACCUCCUCCCGCACCUCGUUCUGCACGUCGUCAUCUGCGGCUCGGACGAAGAUCGCCUGAACAUCAAGAAGGAGAUGGAGACGGUCCUGACGGACCAGGUUUCGCCUACGCACACCCUAUCGGAGAACAGCCGGUUGCUCGCCGCACAAACGGUCUUCUCGCUCAUGGACCACGUCAGUCGCUGGAUCACGCUCGCAAGAAAACGCCUCGCCGACGCCAAAGCGCUCCGCAAAAAGACGAAGAGCAAGCCGGCGCCCAUCGAGUCGAAAAUCACGCAGCAGCUCGGCGACGUCGAGGGCAUCCUCCAAGACAUCCCGCACAUCCUCGUCGGCCAGGCUGCGCUGACUUGCAAGGCAUACGCUCGUUCGCUGCUCAACUUCGAGUCGCACAUCGUCGCACAACGGGCGCAGAAGGGCUUCGACGUCGACAAGGACCUCCAAGUCUACUACGAGAACCUGCACGAGUGCUACGCGCACCUCGACGAGCCCGACGGUAUGGAGGGCAUCUCGACCAAGAUCCUCUCCCCGAGUAUUCUCCACCAGAUCCGCGAGCACGAAAGUACUGGUCGAUGGACGUCGGCGCAGAGCUGCUGGGAGGUCAAGCUUCAGCAGAAGCCGGACGAGCCGGGCAACCAUGUCGGCCUGCUCCGCUGCCUUCGCAACCUCGGCCAUUACGACUCGAUGCGAACGCACAUUGCCGGCUUGCUGCACGGUCGUGGCGACGAGGUCGACUGGGAGCGCAUCCUUGCGCCCUUCAACAUCGAGGCGUCGCUCUUCGUCGGCGACUGGGACGCCGUCGAAGACGUUCUCGAGGUCCCCGGCGUCGAGGGUGCUGAAGCGGCGUUCGGUCGCGUUCUCUCCGCCAUCCGCACUGGCGACCGUGACCUUGUCGAGCGCGCCUUCUACGACGCUCGCGAGCAGCUUGGUGGACCGCUCGUCGCUGCAGGUCGGGAGUCUUAUCGUCGCGUCUACGACUCGGUGGUACAUCUUCACAUCCUCGACGAGCUCAGCUUGAUCAACGAGCUGCAGGUCGCGAGCACGAAGGAACUUCCUGCAUGCGUCGAAACGCUCAGGAACCGCCUUGACGCGACCUCACCGUCUUUCCGCGCCCGCGAACCCAUUCUGAACCUCCGCCGCACCGCCCUGCGUCUCACUCUCCCGCAUGAGCAGGCAGCCAAGACGGAAGUCGGCAAUUUGUGGCUCGAGACGUCGAAGAUUGCCCGCAAAGCUGGUCACUUUCAAACGGCAUACAGCGCAAUCCUGCAGGCUCGCGACUACGACGCCGAAUACGCCUUCCUGCAGAGCGCCAAGCUCUUCAAGGCAAACGACCAGCCGUUCAAGGCCAUUCAGGAGCUCGACAACCGCUUGAAGCCGAUCCUCGCCCGCUUCAACGAGAGGGACCCCAACGACCCGCUCAUCUCGCACGACAAGCCUGGACCGAUCGCCAAGGCCGCCCUGCGCCGAGCCCGCUGGAUGCAAGAGGCAGGGCGCCUCGACCAAAACGAAGCGGUCUCACUCUACAACGAGGUGACCGCGCUCGCCCCGAAUUGGGAGACGGCGUACUUCCUCCUCGGCCGGUUCUGGGACCGGAUGGCGCAGGAGAAGGAGAAGAAGCAGCCGAAGCACAAGCAAGGUCGCUACACCGGCGAUAUCGCAAUGUUUCGCUGCCAGGUCAUCAAGCUCUACGUUAGGUCGCUGGCUUGCGGGACGAAGUACAUCUACCAGGCGCUCCCCCGCACCUUGACCAUCUGGCUCGAGAUGGGCGAGCGACCGUCCCUGGUCGAGCACUCGAAGAACCGCAAAUCGAACCCGCAAGCCGCGCUCGAUGGCGAAGACCACGACCUCCUCAAGUACUUUACCCGCUCCAAUGGAUACAUCCGCAAGGCCGCCGUUCAGCAGCCGUUGCCGGCCUACCUCUGGUUGACUGUCCUUCCGCAACUCGUUUCGAGGAUCCUGCACGCCAACGAGACGCUGUAUGACGUACUCGAGCAGGUUCUGCUCAAGGUCCUGUCGACCUUCCCCCAUCACGGGUUCUGGGCGAUGGCUUCGGGCGCGAAGUCGAACACGAACCGUCGCUCGAGGCGCAACAUGCGCAUCUUUCAAAAGGCCAAGGAAGCUGCCGCCGCAAAGCAUGCAUCGGAUGUCGGCGCCAUCGUCGACGAAGGUCUCCGCCUGGUCGACCAGUUGCUCGUCCUCUGCAACUUCCCGAUCAAUGGCAAGGUCGACACGCUCAGCCUCAAGAAGACGUUCCCGCAGCUUUACAAGACGGCGCCGUGCAAGCUCAUUAUCCCGCUGCAGAGCUCGCUCACGGUCUCGCUGCCUUUCGACGCCUCGCAAGCCGCCGCCCACAAGCCUUUCCCGGACAGUCUGCCGGUCUUCCAAGAUUUCGACGACCAGAUCGUUGUGAUGAGCUCAUUGCAGAAGCCGCGCAAGAUCACCGUGCGAGGCGACGACGGCCGAUUCUACUCGUUCCUCUGCAAGCCCAAGGACGACUUGCGCAAGGACGCUCGCCUGAUGGAGUUCAACGCGAUGAUCAUCAAGCUUCUUAAGAAGGAUUCGGACGCGCGUAGCCGCAAGCUCAACAUCCGCACGUACUCGGUCGUGCCGCUGAACGAAGAAUGCGGCCUUAUCGAAUGGGUCCCGCACACGGUUGUCCUGCGAGGCCUCCUCAACAAGUCUUACUUGUCGCGCGGAAUCGCUUCCUGGAGUCCGGAGCUCAAGCGGAUCUUCGACGGCAUCCGCGACGAUCAGAAGCGGAUUGGCGAGCGAUUCGACAAGGAAGUCUUGAGCAUGUUCCCGCCUGUCUUCCACGACUGGUUCCUCGAGACCUUCCCCGAGCCGUCGGCCUGGCACCGCGCUCGCCUGGCCUACUCGCGCACAGCUGCGGUCAUCUCGAUGGUUGGUUUCGUUCUCGGACUGGGCGACCGUCACUGCGAGAACAUCCUUCUCGACGCGACCACCGGCGAAACCGUUCAGGUCGACUUCAACUGCCUCUUCGACAAGGGCCGCACCUUCGAGGUUCCGGAGAAGGUUCCGUUCCGCCUCACGCAGAACAUCAUCGACGGCAUGGGCGUCUACCGCCGCGCUUGCGAGAUCACGCUUCGCAUCCUUCGCGCCAACAGGGACAGUCUCCGCUCCGUCCUCGAGACAUUCUUGCACGACCCGCUCGUCGAAUGGGUGUAUGUCAGCAAGAAGCAACGCGAAACCGGCACAGGUCCCGAACAAACUCGCGCGAGGGCACUCGAAGCGCUCGAGCCGAUCGACAACAAGCUGCUCGGGCUGCAGGUCACGUCCGACCCGGAGUCGAUCGGUGUCAAGGAGGUCAGCGUCGAGGAGCAGGUCGAGAGGCUCAUUCGCGAGGCGAGGGACUCGAAGAACCUCGGAGCGAUGUAUGUUGGGUGGUGCGCGUGGUACUGA